ACUUAAUAAAUUUGCAUUAAAGAGUUUAGAUGAUUCUUCUUGUAUAAGUACAGAAUUUUUAAAUGAGAUUAAAUCUCAUCUUCAAAUUUAUCUUUAUGAUGUUAUUCCCUGUUACGGGAUAACGCAAGAUCCAGAUACUAAAGAUUAUAUGAUGGUUUUAGAAUUUUGUAAAGACGGAAAUUUGAGAAAUAAUUAUUUGAGAAGAUCAAAUAAUUAUUAUUCAAAAAUUCAUCAUUUGUUUUCUAUUUCAAGUGGACUUCUGGAUAUUCAUAAUGCUGAUAAAGUUCAUAAAGAUUUUCAUUCAGGCAAUAUAUUAUUUGGUAUUUCUGGUUCAUUAAUAAGUGAUUUGGGAAUGUGUCAACCAGAAAAGCAAUUAAAAAAAGAUGGAAUUUAUGGAGUAUUACCUUAUGUUGCACCAGAAGUUAUACGUGGAAAACAAUAUACAAAAGCAUCUGAUAUUUAUUCAUUUGGAAUAAUGAUGAAUGAAUAUAUAUCUGAAGAAAUUCCUUUUAAUGAUAUCCCUCAUGAUGAAGUUUUAGCUGUUAGAAUAUGUAAAGGAAUUAGACCAAGUAUUUUUAAAUAUACACCAAAAUUACUUACAGCUUUAAUUGCUAAAUGUUGGGAUGCUAAACCAGAAAAUAGACCAACAGCUAAGGAGCUAUUUCAAAUAUUAAGUAAAUGGGAUGUUAAAGCAAAAAGUAGAUUAACUACUAAAGAAUUUUUUCAAAUAUUCCAUAAAUUAGGUAUAAAAACGAAUAAAGAUAGUGAGGUUCGUUCUGAAGUGGAUGAAUAUGAUGAUAAAAUCAGAUUAAACAGAACAGAUAAAAAAAUAUCUAGCGAUAUUCAAACACAUCCACAAGCUGUCUAUACUAGUAGACUUUUAAAUUUCAAAGAUCUUCCAGAACCAAUAAAUUCAGGUAAUUUAAUUUUAUCUACUUUGAUCUAGAAAUUUUUUUUUUAUAUACUAACUAUUAAAAAAUACCCUUUUAAUAAUAAAUACAACAUCAAAGU